GUCGCAAGUCACUAUCUUUCAGAUUUGUGAUUGCGAUUUUUUUUUCUCUCUCUCUCUCUCUCUCUCCUCUGUUCUAAAAUUGUUUAACGUUGGAACACAAACAAAAAAGUUCAACAAAACACUAACAAUAAUCAACAACUGAAAAAGACCCACAUGAGAAAGUUGCUAGAAUGUGAAAAAAGUUUCAAUUUUUACAUUCAUGUUCCUAAGUUAGAAACAUUAACUCAACUGGGUCAGUUCAUUUUUCAUUAAAUCUUCUUCCUUAACGUGCUUGUUGAAAAAAGUUGCUAACUUGAGCAUUGGGGUGAAAGAGGGAGUUGAAAGGUCUUGAGUCUUGACUUGACUAGUGUGUGAAGUAGAAGGAGACAACAAUAACAAUAACAACAACAACAGUAUCAGAGAAAAUCGAAUUAGUUUUAGUUAUGUUUUGUGCUUAGAAAAGUAAUAAAGUAACAAAGCACAUAUAAAAAGGUAGUAAUAUAAAAACAAAAACAAUACAGAAAGUGAAAGAGAGAGAGAAAAGAAGCAGAUCAAGACGAACCAACCAAUUUGGUUUUCAACUGUGUUCUGUUCAUUGAACAAGCCAUCUUCUCUUUCCUAUACAGAUAGUAUGAAGAAGAGGACUUCGGAGAAAUAGGAAGAAAGAAAGAGAUUUUGUGUUAGUUGGUUGGUGUUGGUAAUAAUGGGUCUUCUAUUGAAGAUGAAGAAUCACCACCACCCUUUGGCUUCAAAGUUACAAGAGCAAAAUGGGAGCAAAAGAUCCACAUUCAUUCAAGCACAUAGAGCUUGGCUUCUGAAGCUUUUCUUUCUAUGGAUUCUUCUGAUGGCUAUGAUAAGUUAUAUCAUCUACAGCCUAAUGGAUGCGGAUACUAAAGUUAGAAGGAAAGAGAUUUUGGGUAGUCUUUGUGAUCAAAGGGCUAGAAUGCUUCAAGACCAAUUCAGUGUUAGUGUCAACCAUGUUCAUGCUCUUGCCAUCCUUGUGUCAACUUUUCAUUAUUACAGAAACCCUUCUGCCAUUGACCAGGAAACUUUUGCAGAAUAUACGGCUAGGACUGCAUUUGAAAGGCCAUUACUGAGUGGAGUGGCCUAUGCACAAAGAGUGGUUAACUCGGAAAGAGAACAAUUUGAGAAGCAACAUGGAGUGGUUAUAAAGACAAUGGAAAGAGAGGCUUCACCGAUUAGGGAUGAGUAUGCACCAGUCAUAUUUGCUCAAGAAACCGUCUCUUACCUCGAGUCUAUUGAUAUGAUGUCUGGCGAGGAGGACCGAGAGAACAUUAUGAGAGCUAGGGCUACUGGGAAAGCUGUCCUGACUAGCCCUUUUAGGUUGUUGGGUUCUCAUCAUCUUGGUGUGGUUUUAACAUUUCCUGUUUACAAAUCUAAGCUCCCUCCAAAUCCAACAACAGAAGAGCUCAUUAAAGCGACCGCAGGAUAUGUUGGAGGAUCCUUUGAUGUCGAGUCCCUCGUGGAGAAUUUACUUGGUCAACUUGCUGGUCAUCAAGCAAUUUUGGUGAAUGUAUAUGAUAUCACAAACUCUACUGACCCCUUAAUCAUGUACGGCAACCAAUAUGAAGAAGGUGAUGUUUCUCUUGUCCAUGAAAGUCAGCUUGAUUUUGGAGAUCCAUACAGGAAACAUAAAAUGAUAUGUAGAUAUCACCAGAAGGCACCGCCAAAUUGGACAGCAGCUAGCACAGCAUUCCUAUUCUUUGUGAUUCUUAUAUUAAUCGGUUACAUUUUAUACACUGCUGGGAAUCAUAUUGUCAAAGUAGAGGAUGAUUUCCAUGAAAUGCAAGAACUGAAAGUUCGAGCAGAAGCAGCUGAUGUUGCCAAGUCACAGUUUCUAGCUACCGUCUCUCAUGAAAUUAGAACACCAAUGAAUGGCAUUUUAGGAAUGCUUGGUCUGCUUCUACGAACCGAGUUGAAUUCCACCCAACGGGACUACGCUCAGACAGCUCAAGCAUGUGGGAAGGCUUUGAUAGCAUUAAUAAAUGAAGUGCUUGACCGAGCUAAAAUUGAAGCUGGAAAAUUAGAGCUGGAAGCGGUUCCGUUUGACCUUCGAUCAAUACUCGAUGAUGUCCUCUCUCUUUUUUCUGAGAAGUCUAGACACAAAGGUUUAGAGCUGGCGGUGUUUGUUUCUGAUAAAGUUCCUGAUAUUGUUAUGGGAGAUCCUGGGAGAUUCAGACAAAUAGUAACAAAUCUUGUUGGCAACUCCGUUAAAUUCACUGAGCGAGGACAUAUAUUUGUUAAAGUCCAUUUAGCUGAAAAUAGAAAGUCUGCAGUGAAUGGAAAAUUUGAGACUUUUCGAAAUGGAGGAUCUGAAGAAGGCAGGCAUAUAUCUGGUGGUUAUAAUCUUAAAACCCUGAGUGGAUUUGAAGCAGCUGAUGAACGCAACAACUGGGAUAAUUUUAACCAUCUAAUUGCCGAUGAAGAAUUCUUCUGCGAUGCUUCGACUAAAAAAGUGGCAUCUAAUGAAUCUUAUGAGCAAGUAACCUUGAUGGUCUGUGUUGAAGACACUGGAAUUGGAAUUCCUUUCCCGGCUCAAGAUAGGAUUUUCAUGCCUUUUGUGCAGGCAGAUAGCUCAACUUCUAGAAACUACGGUGGUACCGGCAUUGGCUUGAGUAUCAGUAAGUGCCUGGUAGAAUUAAUGGGUGGUCAGAUAAACUUUAUAAGCCGGCCGCAGGUUGGAAGCACCUUUUCAUUUACUGCGGAUUUUGGAAUAUUUAAGAAGAAUCCAAUAACUGAGGUGAAGAAGCUUAAAUAUGAAGAUCUACCUUCCAGUUUUAGAGGGCUUAAAGCCGUUGUGGUUGAUGGUAAACCUGUUAGAGCUGCUGUGACUAGAUACCAUUUGAAGAGACUUGGGAUACAAGCGAAAGUCGCAAAUGCCAUCAAUAAGGCUGUUUCUUUAUGUGGGAAAAAUGGUUCUUCGACCACAGGAUUAUUCCAGCCUGAUAUUAUUUUUGUUGAGAAAGAUUCAUGGGUUUGUGGAGAUGACGGGAUCUUCAGUGUGCGGCAACUGGACUGGAAACAGAAUGGACAUAUAUUUAAGAUGCCUCAAAUGAUCCUUCUUGCGACGAAUAUUAGUAACAAUGAAUUCGAUAAAGCUAAAUCCGCGGGUUUUAGCGAUACAGUGAUUAUGAAGCCGCUUAGAGCCAGUAUGGUGGGAGCUUGUCUUCAGCAAGUUUUAGGGACAGGCAAGAAGAGACAGUUAGGAAAAGAGAUGCCUAACGGUUCGACUUCAGUUCGAAGCCUUCUUUAUGGAAAGAAAAUUUUAGUGGUUGAUGACAAUGUAGUGAACCGGAGAGUGGCUGCAGGUGCAUUGAAAAUUUUUGGAGCUGAAGUGAAGUGUGCAGAUAGUGGCAAAGCUGCUCUUGAAAUGCUUCAAUUCCCUCACAAUUUUGAUGCUUGCUUCAUGGACAUCCAAAUGCCAGAAAUGGACGGGUUUGAAGCGACUCGUCGAAUUCGCGAGAUGGAGAGGAAGGCAAAUGAGGAGACGAAUGGUGAAUGUGGUGAAGGGAAAAUUGAGUUCCAUUUACCUAUAUUGGCCAUGACAGCAGAUGUAAUACACGCAACAUAUGAAGAGUGUUUGAAAUGUGGGAUGGAUGGUUAUGUCUCAAAACCUUUCGAGGAAGAAAAUCUUUAUCAAGCAGUUGCAAAGUUUUUCGAGACCAAGCCUACUGCUACCACAAUAGUAAACUCAUGACAAAAUGCAACUGAGUUUAGCAUGUUAUUAUGCAGAGAGCAACAAUAUGUAUAUGAGGAUUCUUGAUUGAUACUCAAAGUAUGAAGUGUUCAUUUCUAACAAGCUCAAGUUUGAUUAGACAUGAUGAUUUCAAUCUCAAGAGUAAAUUUAUACCCCUCAUAACUCUUCAUCCCUAGCUUGUGUAUAGAUUUUCCCAAGGGAAAGGGAUGUGGAAAAUUAUGUAAAUUCAAUAUUUUUCUCAUGCAUCUCAAUACUCACUUCCCUAUUAGAAAGGGCCUUUCUUAUUAUUUUUGUAAAAUUGCCACGUGUAAGAUUUGAUUAGUUUUUUUUUUUUUUGUUUUUUUAUAUAUCUUCAGAUGAAAAGGUUGGUACUUAAUUUAGAUUGUGAAUAAUGUGGUCACUAUAU